AUGGUUACGAGUCGGGAAGGACCUUCCAAAGGGUCAGCAAAAAAAAAGCGGAAUAGAGAGAACAGAUAUAAGAAAAAACAGCAGCAAAAUAUAGAGUCAUGCCCAACAGUUGAUGUACAAGUACGAUCGCCCGUCCAUUUGGAGUCAACAGCAUCACAUGAACUGGGGGAUAGUGAGAGCGUUGAGUUGCCAGUUCAAAGAGAAGAGCAAGGUAAUCAUCAGCAUCUUGAGCCCUCAACUCAUCUGGAAACCAGACAUCUGCAAAAUGAGGUGCCUCAAAUAUCUUCGCCAGUUGGUCCAAAGUUAGAACUAAAGUACAAACGAAAAACAAGAGAAAUGCUUGAGGAUACGAGCAAACAAGAGAUGGUGUACAGGAUCAAUCGUUUAGAAAGUUAUACACACAACCUGGAGGAGCAGCUGAACAUUAAAAGGAGGAAGUACAAGGACCUGUACAAACAAUAUAAUGAACUAAUGUUUACAUCUGCUGUGAAGGAUGAACAUUAUAAAGGCUACAUACAUCAUAAAAUGCUGUCGCAGGUGUCGAGUUACAGUGCAAAGCAGGUCUUUGAAAGUAUCUUUAGCAAGUGUCACUAUGACCCAAAUCCGGAUAUUGACAAUGUUAUAGUGCCGUUUCUCAAUCUAGAUCGUUUGGGUAAACUCUUAAAAGAAGGGAGAACGACCAAGCUUUACGAAGCACACCAUGGGGGGAACACAUUUUGUGCCAAAGUUUAUCCUGAUGAAGGGGGCAAUUUCUUUGUAUACCGAGAGUUUCAGAUAUUGGCAUGUUUAAAUGUUACAUAUGCGCCACAUCCAAUAGCCAUGUACUGUGCCAGUAGAAAGCCGUCUUUAGUGACGUCCUUUCACUAUACGUCUCAUAAAUGUCUGAAUGUGGAGGAACUUCUUUCGUCGAAUUCCCGAUAUGAAUUGGCGGGCAUUGCUUGGCUGCAGAUAGCAGUAGGUUUAGGAAAACAUUUAAGUGAUUUGUUUGACAAGUGCUUUCUUCACAAUAAUAUUCAGGCUGAGAAUAUUAUUGUAUCGGAUACAAGUGGCAAUAUUGACAUUUUUCUGUGCAGCUGGAGCAGGGCAUGUGGAAAGAACUAUGCCAGACUACUAACAGAACGACAGAUCAGUGGCUAUGGAAUAAUUUUGGCACCAGAAGUUGCCCGACGGGAGAAGCCAUUCACAAAUGCCAGUGAGAUUUAUGCAUAUGGAACCCUCUGUCAGCGGAUUGUGAACUUCUGCGAGAACCAUGAGAUCCAGCACCCAGCUCUUCGUAAGUUGGAUAGUUUUUCGAUGCGGUGUAUGAACCUGAGAGCUGCUGCUCGACCUGACCACAUGGAAUUUCAUGAUGAACUGGAAUCUUUCAAUGUGUAGUUUACAUGUACCUCUCUAUGACUAUGAGUGAAUCUUAAGUUGCUUGUUUUUGCAAGCUUUCAUGCCUUCCUUUGGGCCAAUUGCUCUUUGUCUUAUAGAAAAUUCAGGUUAUGUUUGAUCAUAUUGCCCCUGUGGUGUAAAUGCAUCGAGUCAUAUCUUAUCCAAAUUUUACCAGUAUUCCUCAUCCACCUGUUGGUUGCUGAGUCUGCAAAGGAUGCGAUGUAAAUCUGAGAUGCAAGAAGGCAAUUGGAAAUCUGUGAGCUGGCUAUUCAUCUGGUGUACAUGUACUUAUGUGAUGACAGUUUCUCUUUAAAACUGUAUUUGCAUCUAAAAUCUUCAUGACUUGUACAUGUAGACCUGACAACUGAAACUCCCCAGUACAUGUUGGUAUGUAUAAUUUCAAAUGAAAAGCAUGUUGAAACAUGGCUGAAACAAGUCAGUAAAUCCUGGUCCCAUUGAAUCCAAAAUAUGCAAGGUUUACUGUACCUGUGCUUUUGAGGAAGUAAAUGACUUAAUUUGUACUUGUUGACCCUGGCUGAGAUUUCCCCCUCACUGAUUUUUGUGCAUUUUCAUUUUUUAUCAACUGUUAAUGUGUGCUUGUGCAUACAUGUACAUG